CUAUAGACACAGGCUUUGUUUGGAGCUUUGUCUCAAUAAGGAUACACAGGCUGACAAAGGGAGACGCAUUGAUUGUGUGACAGAUGGGCUUUUGUGUGAGCGCUACAGCUCAACACUAACAUGACCUCCGUCACUGCUGUGGCUCAUGGCUCUGGCUGUUGUGAGUGUGCUGCCGCUGCUGCGGGUGGGAGUUGUCUGCUCUCAAAGCAUUGUUGGGGGAUGAACCGCUGUUCUGCUGUUUUCUAGCUCGGGAUAGCUAGCAAGGAGUUGCUGUAGCCUUCCAACUGCUUUUAAAGAGCAAACAUAUUUGUAAAACCGCGAAAUUUAAAGCAAACGUAUCGUUUGACCCAAAAUACGCCUUCUGUUUUACCGCUAUAGCAAGGAGUGUCUUUCGGAUGAGGACAGUGUGCACGGAGCUAGAGCCGCUGAGCAGGGCCUGUCGUGGCUUUGUGAAGCUGCGGACAAGCCACCAUCUCCAUCUUCUAACAAAACCUCGCAGACGGAGGAACACGGAGUUUCAAAAAUAUGAGGAAGAGAGUCCGGCCUCCCCGGGCUGCGGCUCCACCAAGGCCACCGUCUCCUAUCAAACCUUCUCCCAACAAACAGAUUCUCACAUACGAACAGGCACAGCGUAUGGUGGAGUUCGAGGUGGAUGGGCGCUUACACCGAAUAAGCAUAUUCGACAAGCUGGAGGUUAUCACAGAUGAGGACCCCAUGUUGCAAGAAAUGAUGAAGUGUACAAGUAAUAAAGAAAAUGCUGACAAACCACAACAAGUUCUUUUGCGGUCUGUUAGGUUAAAAAAAAACAAAGAGAAAAGAAAUGCUGCUCUGGGAAUCAACUGUGAUGAAGAUCAACAACCACCACUGCCCCCUCCUGGCCCUAAACUUCCUGAGCCACAAUUUCGUACAAUUGAAUAUAACAUCCCAGCAGUUCGCCAGCGCACUGCAGCUUACUACAAAUACAAGGAGAAAACUGAAGAAGAGUUGGAUGAGGAAACGGAGUAUGACAUGGACGAGGAAGACUAUGCUUGGCUGGAUUUGGUCAAUGAGAGACGACGAUGUGAGGGCAUCAGUCAAGUGUCCUACAAUGUGUUUGAGUUUUUAAUUGACCGGUUUGAGAAAGAGGUGUAUCUGGAAAGUUUAGAUCAGAGCAGUGAAAAUCUCACUCCGUUAGAUGAUGAUUCAGUGUGUUGUAUUUGCAUGGCUGGAGAGGAUCGUGAUGCUAAUACCAUGCUGUUUUGUGGUAUGUGUAGCAUUGCUGUUCACCAGGAAUGCUACGGUGUUCCCUAUAUCCCAGAAGGCCAGUGGUUGUGCCGCCACUGCCUCCAGUCUCCUAACCAGCCUGCAGACUGUAUCCUAUGUCCCAACUUAGGUGGAGCAGUGAAAAGGACUGACGAUGACCGCUGGGGGCAUGUUGUUUGCGCACUGUGGAUACCUGAAGUGGGUUUUUCCAAUACGACUUUUAUCGAACCUAUAGAUGGGGUUGGCCAAAUCCCCUCAACUCGCUGGAAACUCACAUGCUACCUCUGUAAAGAAAAAGGUGUUGGGGCGUGCAUCCAGUGCCACAAAGUCAACUGUUACACUGCUUUUCAUGUGAGCUGUGCCCAAAAGGCUGGUCUCUAUAUGAAGCUGGAGCCAGUCAAAGAGGCAGACACAAGAGAGGCCAAUUUUUAUGUGAAGAAAACGUCGUACUGCGGCUCGCACACACCUCACGGAUGUGUAAGAAGACCACUGAACAUAUACAAUAAAGUCAAACCAAAAAAUGGAUUAUGUAAGCAGAGCGACAAAGGACAUUCAAAAGGAAAUCUGAAAAAGAAGAGUAAGAAAACAGAGCCUGAAGUAGAAAGUGAACCUGAAACGCCAGCCAGCCCAGUGCCUUUGUUUCCUACUCACAGGUUACAAACUAUACUCAACCAGGUGUCUGUUCAGAAGAAGAGGGCUUUUGUUGAGCUCGCCCUGAAUUACUGGACACUGAAGAGAGAGUCCAGGAAUAACCUCCCCCUCAUCCAACGACUCCAGACAAGCCUCCAGGCCAAGAAGAAUGCACAACCGAAAAGGAAUGACGAUGAGAGCAGAGCCCUUAAAGACCAACUGAAAGAGUGGCACCGUCUGAGGCACGACCUGGAGCGAGCGCGGCUGUUACUGGAACUGAUCCGAAAGAGGGAGAAGAUCAAGAGAGAAGAGAUUAGGCUUCAGGAGACCCUUCUUGAGAUGCAGUUGACUCCCUUCAGUAUUUUCCUCAGAGGUGUUUUGGAGCAACUACAAGCAAAAGACCAAGCAAGGAUCUAUGCCCAACCUGUUGAUGUCAAUGAGGUGCCCGAUUACCUUGACCACAUUAAACAUCCUAUGGACUUUUCCACCAUGCGGCAGCGCAUUGAUGGCCAAGUCUACAGAAGCUUUGCCCAGUUUGAAGAAGACUUUAACUUGAUCAUCGACAACUGCAUGAAAUACAACUCAAAGGAUACGUACUUUCACCGUGCAGCUGUCCGGCUCAGAGAUCAGGGUGGAGUCGUGCUUAGAAAAGCCCGGCGGGACUUAGAGACCAUUGGCUUUGAUACUGAAAGUGGCCUGCAUUUGGAUGAAGCUCCUGAAGUGAAAACAGUCCCUACAUUUUCUUGGGAAGAUGUUGACCGUGUACUAGCCCCAGCCAACCGUGCCCAUCUCCCCCUGGAGAAGCAGCUACAGCAAUUACUGGAGAAGUUCGAUCUGACAUUCGCCAUGAAGUCCAGUCCCUCCCGCAGCAAACGACUCAAGCUCCUCAAAAAGACCAUCAACGACGUGCGAAAUGAAAUGAGUCUGAAGAGAGUCCAGCCCUGUCACCGCCACAGCUCUUCCAACGCAGCAUCCUCAGGCCUCUCGCAAAAACCCAAAGAAGACAGAUUAAAAAUGAAUGGGCAUUAUACAGAUGAUGAAGUUGACAAAUCUCUUCCUCCAAAACUAGAGCCGUCAAACUCCAUACCUCCUCUCAUCCACUCAGAAGCAAACCCAGAGCCCCCAACACUGAAACCAAUAGACAUCGAACAAGCCUGUGACGACAAAGGACACAGCAUGCCAACGUUAUUUGAUGAAGAGAUCCCAGACUUGCUUUCUGCCCCUUGUCUAAAUGGACACUCGCAUGAAAGCUCAUUAUUAGGCAGACACAUAAGUGUUUUGGAUACGUCAGUGGUUGCAGAGCCCACAGGCACGGUCAAUCGCCGGACUGCAGUUUUGUUUAAAAAAUCUAAAGUUGCUAGUCCUCAAAAAGUCCUUAAAAGUGAAGAGGUAAUGCCUGAUAAAAGCAAUGGCACUGAGAAAGAGGAGGGGUCUGAGGAUGAUUCAGGCUCCACGUCUAUAUUGUCAGUGGUCAUACCCAGGCUGGAGAACCUAAUCCACAGAAAGAGAAAGAACAGCGGGAGUAGAUAUGAUGAAGAGGAGGAAGAGGAGUCUCCUGUCAAACGACUCGACACAGGCUUGUCGAGAGGUUUCCUGGAGACGGAGCAUCAGACGGAGCAUCAGACGCAGCGUGCAGAUCCCAGCAGAACCGGUCGACCUGUGGAGCCUCGCCGCCGCUGUGCCUCUGAGUCAUCCAUCUCCUCCUGCAGCAGUUUACCAGGAAGCACCAGUGCUGUUCUCAGUCUUCCGAAAUGUGGAAAGGGAAAGCCCGCCUUGGUCCGGAGACACACUGUGGAUGACAAGAGUGAAUUAAUUGCCUGCAUAGAAACUGGGAAUUUUGCAAAAGCUGCUCGAUUAGCUGCAGAGGUUGGCAACAGCAAUAUUUGGAUGCCUGCUAGUGCUGCAACAGUUGCACUGGAACCCCUAAAGCUAGUUUGGGCCAAAUGUAGUGGAUACCCUUCCUAUCCUGCCCUGAUCAUCGACCCCCACAUGCCUCGCUGCCAACUCAACAGGGCGUCCAUCCCGCAGCCUCCCUCUGACGUGCUGCGGAUCGGGGAGCAGAUGCAGUACAAGGCCGAAGAGAAACUCUACCUCGUGCUCUUCUUCGACAACAAGCGCAGCUGGCAGUGGCUUCCCAGAUCCAAGAUGGUUCCCCUGGGGAUAGACAAGACCAUCGACAAGAUCAAAAUGAUGGAAGGUCGCACGUCAAGCAUCCGUAAAGCGGUCCAGAUCGCCUUCAGCCGUGCCAUGAACCACCUGAGCAUUGUACAGGACGAGCCAGUCAGCGACCUCAGUGACUUGGACUGAUGUCCUGUAACAGUACCUCGCCUUUACCAAAUAUCAUUUAUCUAAGUUUUACAGCUCUGGGAAAACAAGAGACCACUGCAGAAGCAUCCGCUUUUAUCUUUUAUAGAGGUAGGAUGUGGAACGGAACACUUUGUUCUUUACAGGAGUGAUUCUCAAACUUUUUAUCAAACUGAAGUGGAACAAAAACUGAUUUGAAAUUACAGCAGUGAAUUGGUAAAUAUAAUGAACAUGAGAAAGAAACGGUAUGAACUAAAGAUUUAUCUUCGUUUAUUUUUUGACAAUACAUUAAUGAGAAAUCCAUAUUCUAUUGAAUAACCUGGAUUUGUAAUUAUAGUUUUCAUGUGUGUUAUUCACCUGUUUUUCACAGACUUUUUAUGUAAUGUUAUAUGACUCUCUUACUGUUGCUUGGUGGUUUGUUAGGGAUGUUUUCAUAUGUAUUUGACACACACAGGCUUACAGGCUUACAUCGUCAGUGGUCUCUUCUUUUACUUUGUUGUCCAGAGCUGUACAUCGGAGACUCACAUGUUUAGUGAACACCUGCUGAACGGUGCUCUCCCUCUCUCCACGUUCUCUCAUGAACACUGCUUACCACUUGCCAAUAUGGCUGCUGCUGAAACAAAUGUGUCUUUCUCAGUAAAACCGGGCUUGUAACUGUGCUUCAACCAUACACUCAAGGGCAUUACGCUGUUAACUUACAAAUGCAUCUAAAAAAAGAAUAAUGUGGACACUGAAUUAUUAAUUAGACAGGUAAAUAUAAAGAUUUCUAUUACUAUUAUGCAUAUUAAAACACUCAUUUACCCGGUUGCAUAAAAAACAUUUCUUCGCAUUAUUCUAUAUUUUAGAUGCUCUUACAAAAUAAUGUACUGACUUUUGAUGAAUGACCAAUCAAUAUUUCUUACCUAAAACCACGAUUGAAAGCUGCCUAGUUACCUGAAGGUUUUUGGCCCACACUUGAAGUUUUGAAUACAUUUUUAUAUAAACUGUAAAUAAUGUCUACAGUUGCCUAACUUAUUUUAUAGUUUUGACAGAUUUGGGUACUGUACAGGACUUUUUUAGUAUUUAUACUUGAUGCUUUUUGGCACUAAAUGUUUCGAGUGGUAUUUUGUAAGUGUUACUUAUGAUGAAAAAAGGAAAAGCCUGAACGUUGACACUAGGGCUACAACAUUGUGAAUCUGAAUUUGUAUGUAUUUUAAUUUAUUGAAGUUUAUAACAUAUGCUCCCAUCUUGCAUAAAUUCAUUUUCUACCAAAAUCAUUCUAUUUUUACAUAUAUUUAUAUGAUUUGGUAUUUGAAUGCGUAAUUGUAGACAAGGGGCAUACUGUUCUCAAGAAACCAAAAAGUUUGCUAUCAAAUGUGUUUUCAUUAUUAUUUUGAUUUUGUGUGAAACUUUUGCCAAAAACAACAAAGGUGUUUUAACAUUGGACUGUUACAUGGUUUGUUGUAGCUAUAGCAAGAUGUGCCUGUGUUAACUUAUUGUAAAGUAUUUCCAUUACGUUAUUCUCCAGGAACAAUGAUUGUGGUACUAUUGCGGUGGUGGAUCCUGCCUUUUGUCUUUUGUAUUCUUUCAUAUCUUGUUACUCUAAACAUUUAUUAUUUUGUAUUUUAAUGUGUUUUACAAUGUUUCAUUUUAUAAUUAUUAUGAACUUGUUUUUUUUAGUUGUUUUUUUUUUUUUUUUUACAUCUGUUAUGUUUUGCAGGGUCCGUUUUGUAUCAGAAUAAAAUGGCAGAAUCCAUUGU